GGACGCGGAGAGGGAGGGGAGGGGGAGCACGAGCGGGUGCUCGCGCUGCGCGAGAUCAAGAACCAGAUCAUCGGGAACCGGACCAAGAAGCUCCUCUACCUCCGCCUGGGCGCCGUGCCGGCGGUCGUCGCGGCGCUGGCCGAGCCCGGCGCGUCUCCGGCCGCGCUCGUCCAGGCGGCGGCCGCGGCGGGGAGCUUCGCUUGCGGCGUAGACGACGGCGCGCGGGCCGUGCUUGCUGCUGGCGCCGUGGGGCACCUUACGCGGCUCCUCGCCCACCCCGACGACAAGGACUCAUUAUGACAUGCCUAUUAAUCUUCCUUUCCCACCUCAGACUACCUAGGAAGAACUAGAUAUCUUCUCUGUACAGACGAAAUAUGCACUGAAAUUGGAGCUGAAGAGGACACAAACCUAUGUGAUGGGGGUUAUACAAUCGCAACUCCACACAUGCCCAUUUAUCUCAUAAUUGUUUGUGCUGUGUUGCCCCUUUUCUAGUCCAGUAUACAGGAAACUAGUUUUUUCUUCUGAUGUUCAUAAUAUGAAAAUGUCUCCUCUGCAUAUUCAGGACAUAAAUACUAUUGUUUAGGCUACAAUAUCCAGUUCACCUAAUAAUAUUAGUCGCUACUCUUGAGUGUUUAUUGACUAGCUUGAUCCUGAGCUUUUCAUUUUGACGUUCUCUUUUGGAAAUACAGAUAUGUUAUGAUGUCAGGAAACAUCCGCAUUAUCCCCCAUAUGUUUAAUUAUGGUAUACUUGUGGUCUCAUCUCUCCAACGUUGUUGAAAUUAUAAUGCUCUGUACACAGUAAACUGCAUCUUAAAAAUCUUGUAUUUGUAUUCAUGUACUUAACCGAUGCAUGGAUUUAUAAGAGUUCAGUCCAAGCUCCUGUUUGUUCAUUGAAUUCAGGUUAUGCAGUGUGAGUAGGCACUGUAUGUGAUGUGCUGGUUGUUUCAUCCUAUAUUGAAUAGUUGUAACCACUGACACAUGGUGAUGGUGGUUAAUCAUUUGGCCUGUUCUAAAGUUUCCACCUUGAUUACAGGUUGUCGAUGCAUGUGCCCGUGCUCUCAGAAUGAUAUAUCAAUCAAAACAAGCUCCAACAUUUGAUGUCAAUAAUGAGAAAAAUAUGGACUUUCUUCUUUCCCUUUUGGACAGCGAGAACGAAAAUGUUACUGAGCUGGCUGCUAAUAUUAUAUCAUACUCUUGCAAUAGCAAUACAGAACAAUUAGCACUAUGUGGUGCUGGAGUUCCACAGAAACUUGUUAGUCUUUUUGGAGGUUCUAUGAAUCUACGGGAUGCUUGUUUAGAAUCUAUGACUGCAGUCAUAAGAAAUAACUGGGAAGUUGCUUCAAGGUUUGCAUCAAUGGAUCACGGAAAAGCUUUCCGUUCAAUAGUUGCGUUAAUACACGAUCGGAGCCCGCGCACAAGGCUACUUGCUUGUCUGUGCUUGAUUGCACUUGGUCAUGCUUCUCCCUGUCAUUUUCCGGACAGACAAAUUAAAACGAAGUUGAUUCUGGUCUUACUUGAGCUCAUUGAAGAACCUGGUCAUGUGGGAGAUGAGGCUCCCUUGGCACUAACUACCCUUAUAAAGGACAGUGUGGAACUGCAGAAACAAGCCUUUUCAACAAAUGCAGUUGCGAAGCUUAGCAACCAUUUGUUAGCAAAUACAUUGGAGACAAGGCGGGCAGUGACCAUAUUGCUUGCUUUAGCUGAACUUUGCUCAAAACAAGAAGAGUCAAGAUCUCAACUUAUGUCAGGCCAGGUAUCAACAUUGAUACUUGAUGCGUUGAAGCACGAUUGUGUGGAUAUUCGUGUUGCAGCAUGUUCAUGCCUGAAGAAUAUUUCUAGGUCAUCAAAGGUAAGGAUCAUGCUUCUUUACAUCUCAACCUUUUGUGUUCACCCAAAUGACUCAAUUAAUGUGGUUAAUUUGCAGGUGCUUAGUGCGGGCCGCUUAUCCUGUGAUACAGUUAUUGCCCCCUUAGUCCAGCUUUUGUACGACUCAUCUACUUCAGUUCAGAUUGCUGCCCUGGGUGCUAUUUGCAACAUUGCAGUGAAUUUAACACCCAGGAAAUCGGUUCUUCUUCAUUCUGGGGUCGUCUCCCAACUUGUUCAUUUAUCCAAGUCGAUGGAUCCAACAUUGAGACUAAAAUCUGUGUUGGCUCUGAGGAAUAUUAUGUUCCUUAUGAAUCCCAAGGAUAAAGACCUCAUUCUGAAGGAGCUAACCGUAUCUACUCUCUCAAGCCUCAUAUGCGAUUCUGAACAUUCUGUUCAGGAACAGACCUUGGCGCUGGUACAGAAUCUUCUUGAUGGAUAUGUGGGCUCUGUUAACUACGUCAUUGGUGAAGAUGGCAUGGUUAUAAAUGCAAUCUCAAGACAACUGAACAGUGCGUCUGCCACAGGAGUUUGCAUCCAGGGUAUGUUGGUGCUUGCAAAUAUGGCAGCUGGGAAUGAAUUAAACAAGGAAGCUGUAAUGGAUGUUACUGUUCCUCACCGGGCAGAUCGCAUCAAACCAUCUUUUGUGGUCAACUUCCUGCAGAGCAAGGAUAAACAAUUGAGAGUUGCAACCUUGUGGUGCAUUCUGAACUUAAUUUACCCAAACAGUGAAUCUUCAUCUACUCGAGUAGCCCGACUCCAAAAUGCUGGUGUAAUUUCACAAGUAAAAAACAUGAUAAAUGACCCCUGCUUGGAUUGCAAGCUUAGAGUACGUAUGGUGCUUGAACACUGCUUAGACAAUGCCGCUGCCGGUUUCAUGUGAUGGGUCGGCAAGCCAUUGACGUUUACGGAACACCAUACACCAUACAGCAAUCGGGCAAAGGAAAGCUGGGCGUGCUUGGCACCGAGAUGCAGGCCAUGAGCGCGAAGUCUUUACUGGUCUCUCCCUGUAUUGAGCCUAUCACUGUAAUUUUUUCUCACGAGAACCCGAUGACAACUGGUUUCUGUUGCGGAAAGGCUGGCACGCCCUUGUUGUAAGUUUGUAAGCAUGCCACUUGGAGAACAUGAGUUUGUGAGUAUGCUACCUUGAGAACCUGAGCUGCUUGCUUGCGACCUGAAGGCCAUAGGCACAAGGUCCAGAGAAUCCCAUUUUGUAGUGCCACAAGAACCUUUGGUUGUGUUGUGACGAAGAGUGUAUAAUCGAUCCACCGCUGUUGCUGUUGUAAAUUGCAGUUAUCUCUUACAAUGAUCGGUCUGUUUUAUCU